AUGCUGGCGUCGGCCAAGGCGCGCAACGCCUUUGUCAGGGAGGGACACCUCACGCUCUUCAGGUACCUCCCCCUGACCAUGGAGGCCGCCUUCAUGACUCACCUGGGGGAGGUGCUGCCCGCCAUCCUGGACGGCCUCAGCGACGAGUCGGAGGGCGUGAGGGACGCGGCGCUCGCGGCGGCGCGCGCGUUCGUGGAGAUCUACGCAAAGAGCUGCCUGCCGCUGCUGCUGCCCGCUGUCGAGGCGGGCCUGAGCCACGAGGCGUGGCGCAUCAGGCAGGCGUCGGUGGAGCUGUGCGGGGAGCUGCUGUUCAAGGUGGCGGGCACCACGGGCCGCGUGAAGGUCGACGGCGGCAGCGACGACGAGGGCGCCGCGUCGGAGGCGCACGGCCAGGCCAUCCUGCAGGCCCUGGGACGGCAGCGCAGGGACGAGCCAAAACCCUGGCCCCCCACCCCCACCCCCUAA